UAAGUUACGUGUACAUACAUAUGGAACCGGAAACAUUUACUGCUACCGCCCUAAGUUUGCCGCCUUUGAAAGAGGCGUGUAAAGAUAUUAUUAUAAACUAAUACGAUAUUUUUUAUCGUAAAUAAAACGAAAGCAAAAUGUUGGUAUUGUUUGAAACCCCAGCGGGGUAUGCUAUUUUCAAGCUACUCGAUGAAAACAAGUUGACAGAAGUAGAAAAUCUUUACCAUGACUUUGAAACACCGGAAACUGCAAGUAAAGUGGUGAAAUUGAAGCACUUUGAGAAGUUCGCUGAUACCACCGACGCUCUAGUUGCUACAACAGCUGCAGUAGAAGGUAAACUUUGUAAAUCGUUGAAGAAAAUGCUCAAAAAGCAUUGUAGUGAAGUUCAAGAACAAUUAGCUGUAGCAGAUGCUAAAUUAGGUAAUGCCAUAAAAGAUAAAUUAAGUUUAUCUUGUGUCAGUAACACUGCUAUACAAGAAUUAAUGAGAUGCAUAAGAAGUCAAAUAGAUGGUUUAUUGGUCGGUCUUCCUAAGAAAGAAAUAACGGCAAUGGCGUUGGGCCUAGCUCACAGCCUUUCUAGAUAUAAGCUGAAAUUUUCACCUGAUAAAAUUGACACUAUGAUAAUACAAGCCGUUUGUCUAUUGGAUGAGUUAGACAAGGAAUUGAAUAACUAUGUUAUGCGUUGUCGCGAAUGGUACGGCUGGCACUUUCCAGAACUUGGAAAGAUUGUUACAGACAACGUAGCAUUCGUGAAAACUGUGAAAAUAAUUGGAACCAGGGAAAAUACUAUUAAUUCGGACUUGUCCGACAUAUUGCCAGAAGAUGUAGAAGAAAAAGUAAAAGAAGCCGCUGAAAUAUCUAUGGGAACUGAAAUUUCGGAAGAUGACAUUCUAAACAUUCAACAUUUAUGCGAUCAGGUUAUCGAGAUUUCUCAGUAUAGAACACAAUUAUAUGACUAUUUAAAAGCGAGAAUGAUGGCGAUGGCACCGAAUCUUACCGUACUCGUGGGAGACCUGGUGGGCGCCCGCUUGAUAUCUCACGCCGGAUCUUUAAUUAAUCUUGCUAAACAUCCAGCGUCUACUGUACAAAUACUUGGCGCUGAAAAGGCAUUGUUUAGGGCAUUGAAAACUAAGAAGGACACACCCAAGUAUGGUUUAAUUUACCAUGCGCAACUUGUUGGGCAGUCUUCUACUAAGAAUAAGGGAAAAAUGUCUCGAAUGUUAGCAGCUAAAGCUUCGUUAGCGACUAGAGUGGACGCAUUAGGAGAAGAUGGGAAUUUCGAUUUUGGCGCUGAACAUAAAGCUAAGUUAGAAGCGCGUUUGAGAAUAUUAGAAGAAGGAAAUCUUCGUAGAAUCAGCGGAACGGGCAAAGCGAAAGCUAAAUUUGAGAAAUAUCAUUCUAAAAGCGAAUACAUGCAGUAUCCGACUGCUGCCGAUACUACUAUUUCUGGUGUGAAGAGGCAACAUUCCGAAACUGAGGCUAAGAAGCCACUAAUCGAGGACAUCACACAAGUGGAUGAAGAAGUUCCAAAGAAAAAGAAAAAGAAAGACCGCGAUAAUGUAAACGAAUCGGUAAGUGAACAAACCGCUCAACCAGAAGAGGAAAGUAUAUCAGUAUCGAAAAAGAAAAAGAAGAAGCUUAAAUUGGAGGGGACUGAAGGAAAGAGUACAGAUACGGAUACAAAAUCUGAAAAGGAAGAUAAUACAGAACCAACAGAAAGUGGAAAAGAGCCCGGCACAUCGACAGGUUCAAUAAACUAA